AUGGAAAACUCUACUCACUUUAAGGUGUUUAGGCUUGCUGCAUACGGUGAAAUCGGACAAAUGAAGUAUUGCUACUUUGCUGUAGUAACUGUUUUAUAUUUUGUCAUCAUUCUUGCCAAUGCUUUACUUAUUGGAGUUAUCUGCAUUGAAAGAAGCCUUCAUGAACCCAUGUAUCUGUUUCUAUGUGCUUUGUUUGUUAAUCAGUUGUAUGGGAGCACUGCUUUGUUUCCUGCUCUCAUGUUUUACUUGCUGUCUGACACACAAGAUAUUUCCCUUCUUUAUUGUUAUCUCCAGAUUUAUGUGUUGUACACAUAUGCUCUAACAGAAUUUAGUAAUUUAGCAGUUAUGUCCUAUGACAGGUACAUCUCUAUUUGUUAUCCUCUACAGUAUAACAAUAUUAUGACACCUAAAAUAAUUUGUGGCUUAAUUCUGCUGUCGUGCUUGUCUUCUUUUUUUCUCAACGCCAUCAAUAUCUCCCUGAGUUUGCGACUGCAAUUUUGUGGUAACAUUCUAGACAGAGUGUAUUGUGACAACUACUCAGUCUACUCAGCCUGUUCAAAUACUACGCUGAAUAACAUAUGGGGUCUUGUUGGCACUGUGGUUUAUAUUUAUUGUACUAUAUGUCCUACCAUAUACUCAUAUGUAAGAAUUCUACAAAUAUGUUUAAAGUCUUCAAAAGAGACAAAACAGAAAGCAUUUAACACUUGCACACCACAUAUAGCCUCUAUGCUGAAUUUCUUCUUUGGCUGGUUAUUUGUGAUUCUACAAGGCAGGUAUGAAACUGCAGAUCUUCCACCUAUACUUCGCACUAUUUUAUUCGUUUAUUUUCUGAUAUGUCCACCACUUUUCAAUCCUUUAAUGUAUGGCGUUAGGAUGGUUCAAAUCAGGCAUGCUUGUAAAAGGGCCAUCCUUGACUCCCAUACGGACAUCGAAACACAUGCUUCUUCCGUUCUGGAUUACAUCCACAUCAACAAUGUCACCACCCAUAAACUAAAAAAGACCUUCCCCAACCAGAAGCCUUGUAUGAACAGAGAGGUAAAGACACGCAAAAAGGCCUCAAGAUGUAAACAUGACCACAAACUGCGGAUUGAGGAGCACUUCAACAACAACUCCGACCCUCGACACAUGUGGCAGGGCAUCCAAGCCAUCACAGACUACCGGCCAAAAAAAAACUACUCCCACAGCCAGCGACAUCUCCAUCUCCGAUGA